AUGAAGGGAUUGUUUUAAACAAAUUUCAGGCCGUUUGGUGAUUACAACAUUUCACAGCGUCUUCAGUAACAUCAGUGUUGAUCAAAGAGUGUAAAAGACGGGUGGAUGAUUGAGGGUGAGAGUCGAUCAGAGGCAAAGCACAAACUUUUGCAAAAGAGAAUUAAGCAAAAACAAAAACGUAGCCUGCAAUAAAGAAAUGAUGCUAAGGAACCCAUAAAUACUUUAAAAGCCUUAAAAGUUUUAGAUUUUUCCCAGGGAAACUGGUUUAAAAUGCAUUAACAGGACUGGACUUCCUCUCAAAUCCCCAUCCGGUCCCCCCUGGUGAACCCGUAGGCCGUGCGCCAGUGUGCCGGUUGCAUCCUGUUUCCGUUCUUGCACAUGGUACAUGAGGAUGAUCAAUUAAUUACUGCUCUCUCUCCCACCCACCCCUCCCCUUCCCCAACCACCUCCCUUUGGUGUUUCAGCAUGGAUAAAGACAGCCAGGACGUCCAUCAGGUGUUGAAUGAGCUGAGGACCAAAUUCCUAGAGAUGCGCAAGCUGGUCAAAUCCCUGCAAGGCAUUGGCGUCAGUCCUGAACAGCAGCAGCUGCAGCUUCAAAACCUCCGGGAGCAGGUCAAGACAAAGAGUGAAUUGUUGCAAAAAUACAAAAGUCUUUGCAUGUUUGAAAUUCCCAAAGAAUAGAGAAGCAGCGUCGUGGGACUCUGCAGACGGUCCCCCUCUUCUCGGGAGUAACAGCAGCCUGGAGACCGCGUUGGUGCCGAAGGAGAGCGCAGGGUGCCUGAAUCUGUGGUUUUCUUCCUGUAGCACCGACAUGGUGUUUGCUAAUGACCGAGCCCAUGGCUGCUCUCGGCAAAACUGAGUGGGUGAAAUCUGACUUUGAAGCUGUGUAGGAGAGGGGAAAGGUUGCAUUUUUGAAUACUCUCUGGUUUGGAAAUUGG